UGUUGGAGUGGGUGGCGGCAUGAGCAGCGGGGUGGGCCGGCACGGACGGAGCGGGCUCGGGACCGCGCCGGCGUCACCGCGGUCGCCGCUGACAGGCAAGAGCUCUGCGGCCUCGCUGCAUCCAACGUCAACACUGACGGCUGGUGUAGCCGGGACAGGACGCAAGGUAGUGACGACGCGGCUUGCGGAGGCGGAAGCUGACAACGCGUCGUGCUACAUCUCGCUGUACGAGUCGUCACUGCCGACGGCGGUGAGCGAGUUGAUUGACGGCAGCCACGGCGGGAACUUGCGGCUGCGGUCCGCAGUGGUGCCAGUGUCGCGGUGGGGAAGACUACGGAACGGCCUGCUCUUUGAUGUGCCACGGGCGCUCGUGGGCGCAAUGUUUGUGGUGGAGGCGAUGCAGUUGGUGCAGCUAGUGUUCUGCGACGCGUCGUCGUGGCCAUGGGGCGUGGUGGACACGAUAGCAUGGCUGGGGCUGGGGCUGGAUCCACUCGGCUCUGUUGUGCAUCGGCGAGACAAAUGGAAUGUGGAGCUUCGGUCGUUUGGCGGCAAUCCGCUGACAGCUCCCGCCCCGGUCCUUGCACUGAAGCAAGUGCCAUGGUCGCAAGCGCUGCACGUUCCGCUGGUUCAGAUCCUUUUGCUGACGCUGAGUGUAGAGGUUUCUACGGCGAUGUUAGUGCUGUUCUGGUAUGGGAAGCCGCUCGGCGUGGCGAUGAAGCGAUGCGGAUGGCGGAAGAAGCCUGCGACGUCUUUUGCUGCAGCCGCACCAGUGAGCGCGCUCGAACCCAAUGAGUCGCCACCGCAGGCGACAAGUGGGGCGAUGUUGUUUGGAUCGGAUUUCCAGGAGCAGCUUCAGACAGAGCCGGACGAGAGCCAGCGGCGCGGAUCGCACAGCGGCAUUGUGGAGGCGUCUGAGCCGUCUGACGGCCCGCAUGGACAGCAGGCGCGACCAGAAAUGGCGCUUCCGUCGACGUUGGUGCUGGAGGCACUGUAUGAGGCCAACAACAGCGGCAAUGACAUGGAUGCAUACGCGUACGCAGACGACGAGGUGCUGAUGGUGGACCUCGAGGCGCGUGACACAAUGUGCGGGCCGUCUUCGUGGGUCUCAAGCGCAACAAGCAACGCAAGUGCGCGUGUGCAUGCCCUUGCGUUGCGUGUGAUUAGUUUUGUGGUCCUUGACGCAGCGUUGUUACCGAUCUUGCGAGUUUACCUCAAUCUGACGGUGUGUUUCGACGGCGACGACGCGUUUUUGGGCGGAAAAGCCGUGUCUGUGCUCAAGCGGGCACCGCAGCUGACGUGCUGGGACACCAACGUUCAUGUUCUAGUAGCUGUCGGGUGUAUACUCGCGGCUGGCAUGCACAUAUCCCUUGCAUUGUGGUUUGCGUCGUCGGCGACGCUGGCGAUCCGUGGGCUGCUGGCGCAUCCGCGGAUGUGGGUUCUGUACACAAUGGCACGGUUGUGCGUCCUUAUUCUACAAGUGUACGAGAUCGGGUCGUUCCACCUACUGGCGUGGGCAGUGGUGACGCUGAGCACAGCAGGCGUGUGGCUCCACAUAUACGUGCCGGCUGUUGCAGACGUUGUGCCACACUCGCUGCUGACGCACGGGCGGACUGUAGUGCUUGCAGUGUGCGCAAUGGCUGGGCUGGGCGCGUUUGUGCAAGAGCUGGUCAACAGCCGCACCAUGUAUGUGGUGACUGGUGUGAGCGCAGCGCUUAUGGCGGCGGUGCCACCGAGCUUGUACACGUUGCUGUGGCGGGCUGGUGAGUCACGGCUGGUGGUGCUCGAAGAAGUGAUUUCGACGAGCAUGGUGGGCGCAGACGAGCUGACCAACAACAACGCAGAGCAGCUGGAAAAGCUCAUGCAGUACUCGUCGGUCCCGCUCUACCGCGAGUUUCUGUUCUCGUCGCCGCUUGUCUCGUCCCUGCUGCAUCUAUGCCUUACCGGCGACGUGGCGUUGCUGUUCAAGGCGACGCGAAUCAUUGCUGACUUUGCUGUUUCACCGCUUCACGCACGGGCGUUCAACGGAGCAUCCGCGGUGGCGGUCAUUGCGACGUAUGUGGUGUCUGCGUCUGCUCAGACACCAGCCCUCCAGCUUGAAGGCUGUCGGGCGAUGUCCAACCUUCUCUCGCAUGGACCGGGGCGAACGCAGUUUGUGCAGCAGGGAUACAUGUCGCUGGUGGCGACACUGCUGCGGCGGGCAACGGCGAUUCUUGUGCUGGAGGCUGCGCGGACAGCGAGCGUCAACGGUGACCUCGACACGUCGGGUCGGGGGUACUACAAGUCUUCGGCGGAGCUGCUGCUGAAAAUGGGCGGGGCGACGACAUCGGGCAGCGGCGCAAUGAGCGGAAGCGAUGGCGGUUGGCUGGCGUCGGGGAUAGUCUCGUCACCAGAAUAUAUGCCGCGGGUGGACGCGGACCCCAUGCACCCACGGAUGGCGCUGGGGGUGGCGAUGGAGACGCUGAAGAUUCUCACGCUUGUGCUCCAGCUUGACAUCGGCCGCGAAGUGGCAUGUCAGGACGCAACGCUCAUUCUGGACAUUGUGGCUGUCCUUGUUGUGGCGACGCAGCAGAAGCACAGCCACCCGCUAGCUGUGGCGCCUAUCACAAGCACUGGCUCGCUCAGCAAAGAGGUUCGGCACCGCGAGCUUGCGCGGGUGGCGUACAUGGCGCUGGCGAUGCUUGCGGGGUGGGGCACCGGCGCGCAGCGCGGACUACUCAUCGAGCUUGGGCUUGUGGAGAUCGCGAGCCGCGGGCUGGCGACGGCGCGGCGGACCAAAGACAAGAUCUUGCCGCUCAUGCUGGUGGGCAACCUUGUGGCCGAGACGACUGGCAAGCGGCGGUUUAAUGCGUCGGGCGUGACGCACUUGCUUGCGGCGAGCCGGCAUGCGGCGACUGUAGUGCCGGCGGCGAUUGUGCUCCACAACCUUGGACUGCCACACGGGCAGGAUCUGGAGCCAUUCUUGCGGACGGCGGCUGAGAACGCAAUGCCAGUGCUGUCACGCAAGCGGCGGCGGUCCCUGGAUCCGUCACUGACACCGACAUUGGACCGGGCGACGCUUCCGAUUUUUCAGUCGCCGCUGAGAGCGCUGGAGCUUCAAAACACGCGCAAGACACGCAAGUCACUCGCGCGACGCGCGGUGGUCAACUCGGCGCUAAGUCAGCGAAUGCGCGCCGAGAACGGAGAUCCCGGCGACGGGCACUGGGCCGUCCGCCGCAACACGCGGCGACGGCGCAGACAGGGCCACAGCGACACGGGCAGGCAGCGACGCGGGGUGGCGAUGUCAUCACCGUUGCGGACCGGCGGCUCACUGGCUGCGGCGCAACAGGGUGGUGCUGUCAAGCGCGAGUUCGAGCUCGAGCUCGAGCUCGUCGUCCGACUCGACGGUGACACGCAACUCGAGCUCGAGCUCGAAGAGCGCCAAACGGUACAGUUCGUCGCUGGUGCUCUCGUGCUCACGGUCAUCGUCAGCGGAGAACAGUUCGCGAAGCUCGAGUGA